AUGACGAAUUCACCAGCUCAACAGUCCUCUAAGAAUGACAUCUCCAUCCUUGGUAAAGUAGCUGCCCACGUCCCUGACCUCAUUGUGUAUGGUGAUUUCACACAGGAAGUGCCCUUCAUUGAAACCUUUGAUGGAGUUCUCCUCUUCAUAGAUAUUUCAGGUUUCACAGCACUAACAGAAAAAUUCAGCACAAACACCAACUUGGAGAGUGGCGCUGACCAACUGACCCAAACACUUAAUCGAUAUGUGGGUGACAUUGUGGAGGAGGUGAUGGUUUUUGGAGGCGACAUAUUGAACUUUGCAGGGGAUGCUUUGCUGGCACUCUGGAGAGUAAACCGUCGGCAUAUCAAUGACAUCAUCAUUCUGGUCCUGAAAUGUAGCUUGAGAAUCCAGCAAGAGUACGGAGUCCGCGAUACUGAAGUGGGGCUGGAGUUGCGACUGAAGAUAGGAAUAUCUGCAGGCCACAUCUCAAAAGUUGUUGUUGGAGAUAACAGGCACCAGUAUUUCCUGGUAAUUGGCCGGGCAGUGGAUGAAGUGCGAUUGGCCCAGAACUUAGCAAAAGCUGGUGAAAUUAUUCUAUCACCAAAUGGCUGGGAGCUCUGUCACCGGAAACUCAUUGAGAUCCAAAAGAUCCCUCAUGAACGCUCUGUCAAGGUUAAAUUCCUUAAGAGUAUCCCUCAAGAGUUUGAUGAAGAUAAGUUCAUUGAGAGAUGUGUACAUCAUCUGGCUCCCAAUUACAUCUGUGACGGUGUAGGGAGCCUAAGAAGAGCCUCAGUGCUGGCUCCCAAUUAUGCACUUGAGAAAAGACUGAGAAAAUUUGUAACAAGGAAUAUCUUAAAGAAGAUUGAUGAUGACCAGCCACUGGAGUAUUUAUCGGAGCUUCGUCCAGCUACCAUAGUCUUCGUAAACUUUCAGUUUGAUGAAAGUGCCAAUACUCUCCACUUGUCCAAGGCUGUUCAGGAUGCCAACCUUUACAUUACAGAAAUAUUACAUCCCUUCAGAGGCAAGAUCAACAAGGUCUUCAUGUUUGACAAAGGUUGCACUUUCCUUUGCGUUUUUGGUCUCCCUGGAGACAAACAAGCGGAUGAGAGCGCGCAUGCUCUGGAUUGUGCCAAAAAGAUCCACAACUUUUGUUCCACGUCGCUCAUGAAAGUUAGGCUUGUCUCCGUUGGGGUCACCAGUGGGCCAGUGUUCUGUGGAGUGGUUGGUCAUCGUCUGAGACAUGAAUAUACAGUCAUUGGCCGCAAGGUGAACCUGGCUGCCCGGAUAAUGAUGUACUAUCCCGGGUUAGUGACCUGUGAUGCAGUCACCUACUGUGAAUCCAAGCUGCCGCCCUAUUUCUUUCAAGAGGUCCCAUUGACUCAGAUGAAAGGCAUUCUAAACCCUGGGACAAUCUAUAAUUUUCUUGGUGUCACUGAGAAAACGAUGAUGUUCAAGGCAUAUCUGACCAAGGAGAGAUCUGAAACGUAUCCUUUACUGGGUAGGAAGAAAGAAACUGAUAUCUUUGAGGACUUGGUGGAAAAAUUUACAGCCUCCCCAAAAAGCCAUAUCUUAAUGUAUGAAGGCCACUUAGGAUACGGGAAAAGUCAGUUAAUGUGUGAACUUGCCCACUUAGGACAAGCAGAUGACCAUAAGGUUGUGGCCAUGGAGCUAACAAAGAUAAAUUUGUCGCAGAACUUCUUCACCAUCCGGACACUCAUGGCUAUGUUCUUGGGGAUUGAUACCUGCAAAACCUAUGAUGCCAGGCAGCACAUCCUUCUGAACAAAAUCCGUGGACUGAUAGAUGAUUCCUAUUACUGCCUGCUCAACAGUCUCUUUUAUGUUAAGUUUCCUGCUUCAGAGGUCGUUUCAGACAUGGAUGUUCAAAAGAGGAAUGCAGCGUUGGAAACAAUUCUUGUAAAGAUUCUCUGGCAGGCAUCAGAGAAGGAAACUAUCAUUUUUGUAAUUGAUGAAGCUCAUUUCAUCGAUUCCACCUCCUGGGAUUUCCUGGAAAAACUGCUGAUCAAUGUUCCCAUCAUUAUGGCCUUGUCUAUGUCUCCCUUUGAACAAAGGAGACAACUGUUGAGCAACACUGCAGCUCGAAUCCUGGCCAGAAUGACAAACACUUACAUUAGAUUAAAGGAAUUAACUCCUGCAGUGAUUGUGCAGAAGGCGUGCCAGGACCUUGGAGUGGUCAGUAUUGCCAGGGAACUUGAGACGUUCUUAAUACAAAGAAGCCACGGAAACCCGUUUUUCUGUGAGGAGCUUGUCCACAACCUCCACGUAAACAAUGUCCUUCAGUACCACUUACUAGAAGACGAUGAAGAAAGCGAGGAUGAGUGGGACAGCCUUUUCACCACUACUCUUCUGAAGUCUCAAGAUUCCAAUACCACUGGAAACAGAGAGGCUGACGAGUACAUUUGCACCGUCAAGCAGAAUGUGAAGCUGCACAACAUAAUGCUCCCUCCAACAUUAAAAGGGAUUGCUCUGGCGGAGUUAGACAACAUGAGCCCAUCGGAGCAGAUGGUGGUGAAAUGUGCAGCUAUCAUUGGUGUGACUUUCAGCACAGAUUUGCUCCUCCAUAUCCUUCCUGAAUGGACCAAGAUGAAGAUGAACCAGACGCUAGCAGCCCUGGUGGAAUCCCAUAUCUUUGAGUGUAUUACUGAAGGAAAAAUGCAGAAUACUAGCAACAAAUGGGAUGUAUUCUCCCGGGAACUUUGCCAAAUGCCAACUUGUCUUUCAGAUCUUGGAGCAGUCAUUGCCAAUCGGAUCAAGCAAGAGGAGGCAGUGAUGCAAUGCAAGCUCAUGGGUUUCUGCACACCGCUGUUGAAGGAAACGGCCUAUGAACUCUGGCUCAACAGCCAGAAAAGAGCUUUGCACCUCAAGUGUGCCAGUCAUCUGGAAGGUGAUGCUCACCAGUGCAAGUACUGUGGAGAAGGGGAUUUCAUUGCCUUCCACCGCUAUGCUGUGGAUGGCAUGCUGUGGAAAAUAGAGUCGGAGGAUCUUAGAAAUGAGGUAGAAGACAACGUGAGUGAUGCUGCCUCAGAAAUUGUUUCUACUACACUGAGAACUGUAGGAUCAGAGGAAUAUGAGGCCCCAAUUAUUGGUUUCGGUUCAGAUGAGAUAGUAGUGCCCAAGAAGCCAGAUGCUGUCCCCAAGUCAAGUAAAGGACGGGGGUCGAUUCCCAUUAACAUCAUUUCUAAACGUCCAUCUUGGAUGCGAACAAGUUCUGCAUCGAUGACUACCGCAGCAUUGGUCAAGAAAAUGGAAUUAUCAAUGCACGUGUUUAGAAAAGGCACACUGGACCCCACCCGGGCACAGAUAAAUGUGCAAGACUUCUUUAGAGCGGAAGAUACAGAAAAGACAUUUCUGGCCAGGCUGGAUGAAAUCAUCCAAAUACUUGAUGCGGAGAAGGGCAGUGUCAACAACAUAGGCUCCUGUUAUUGUGAGGAGAUUAUUGAGUCUGUCAUUGUGCCCUUGUCUCAACACUGUAUAGCUCUGGAGAAUUAUGUCCGAGGCUUUUAUUACUUGCUGGAAUGCGCUGCUGCCUAUCUACACCUCUCCAACAACUACAUGGCCUUUACAUACCUGAAUACAGCAGAGUGCCUGUUGAAAUCCUUGGAUCCCGGGGAGAAAAUCAACCAGUUUGAGAAGUCUGUUUUGUACAGUCUCAAGGGCGAGGUCUCUUACAACAUGGGUCAGAUUCAUUUAGCAAAAAAAAUGGAGAAGAAAGCUUUGGGGUUGUUGAAGAAAAAUUUCCCGUUGACGGUCGUUGGAGCCUUUUUCAUGUCCAUGGUGGAAACUUCCAAACAUAUGUCACAUCAGAAGAAACAGCCUUCUUGGCAAAUGGCGAAUGGCAGAGAGAAGAGACUGGCUGUUCUUUACCAGCAGGGUCGCUGCCUGUCUGUACUCUGGCAGGCCUUUAGCUUAGAUCCUGCCACGAAGAGUAAUAGGUUCUCCCACUUGGCAGCUCUCAUGACUGUGAACUGUGCAGAGGAGUCUCAGGAUGAGGCCCAGAUAAUCUCCUCCUACAUGGAGUUUUCACUCUGCUGUCAGCUGAUUGGCUAUCAACAGGAAUGGAUGAAAUAUGAGGAAAUGGCCAUCAAACGUAGUUCAUACCUUCGAGUUGUUGGAGGAGAGCUGUCUAUAUUAGCUAAGGUGGCGGCAUCCUUGGCCUAUGUGAAACUUUGCUUAGGGAACCUGGCUUUAGCCUCCCAGCUGGGCUUUCGAGUGCAUGAAAUUUGUGAACUGAUACAGGAGUCUAAACUCAACUGUAGUAUUCUCUUUGACCUUUUCAGUGCUCUUUUUCUCAGAGGCAGACUUGCUGAAUCUGUACAAGUACUGAGCCAGUUGGAAAAGCUCUCGUUUAAAGAUGACAAUAUCAUUGGGAAGGCCUGCUUUAUUUCUGGAUGCAUGGAUCUCAUUCUUUAUGCUAGUUUUUCAUAUAAGCCAUUUGGGUAUUGCCUGGACUUCAUUACCACCAAUGAAGGAAACUGCAUCCUUCUGUCUCAAAACGGCAUCAUGCUCAGCUUGUAUUCUUCUAUGGCCAUUUGGUUUGCCAGACUUAAUUUAUGGGAUAACUUCAAAGAGCCAUUUGAGCAGGCUAGAAGGCUGGUGAAGAGAACAAGCACCUCACUCUCUGCUAAUUAUGGAUUCUGCAAGUUCGUGGAGUGCGAGGCUCUGUUGUUACAAAAGUACAUUGGAGAGAGGCCUGACAAAGUCCGUGAGCUGCGCAACAGGGUAGCAAAGAAUUUGGAGCAGGCAAUGAUACAGUGCUCUACAAGCCCAGUCUACUACCCUAGGGUUUACCACCUGAAGGCCUACUUCCAGCUGAUGCUUGGGAAUGAUGAACAGAGCCAAAUUUUUCUACAGAUGGCAACCGAGAACUGUUAUGAAAACUAUCUGGAGAAAUCAUGGCUGCUAAUUACCCAGAUGUGGUGGUUCACUGGAAAAACCGCCAUGGAAGACGAGUGGUUAAAGGUAGCUCCAGAUUUUCCAGUGUGGGAAGCAGGAAUGGUAAAUGAAGACCUUAAAGUGCUCGAGAGAAACAGAUACUUAUUGAAGAUGCCAGAGGCAGACAUUAACAACCCAAUCCCAAACACUAAGAGUCCAGACCAGACAGAGUUCUGCAGUAUUCUUCAGGCCACGGAUGUCCCCUAG